CCGCGGGCCGCCGGGGGGCACCAUGAUGCCGGGGGAGACGCCGCCGCCGCCGCCGGCCGGCACCGCCGCGGCCGCCGCCGGGGUCUGCGCGAACUGCGGGAUCCUGCAGCAGGCUCUGCGGCAUGGCUAGAAGGACCUGCUAGUGAAUUUUUCGUCCAGCAUUAGUUGCACUGAAGCAAAAACUGAUCAAUGGCGAUCGUUUGCUGACCGAAUAUCAACAGAAAUGCACUGAGCUUCAGUUUGCUGAAAGAGAGAUCUCUGCUCUACGUUGUCAAGUGGAGCAGAUGCUACAGAAAAUCCUGCCUCUGGAAAAGGGCCAGGAAGAGUUGGGUUCCUUGAAAGCAGAGCUGGAAGAGAAAAAGAGUUCUCUCAAGAUUUAUCAGGAGAGUCAACUGGAAUAUGUUAAAAUUAAAGAAGAAAUAGUAAAAAGUGAUGCUGCGAGAAAGAAACUGGAAGCAAAAGUCAAGAAACUUGAAGAGGCUGCAACAAAACAUAGUCAAGACUUUAAACUGUUGAAAACUGAAAAGAAAAAGCUUGAAAAGGAACUAAAGAAGGCACAGGGAAAACUUGAUGGUGUUCUUAAAGAGAAGUGCAGAAAGGUUAAACAUGCAGAGACCCAGAGUUCAAGUGAAGAUCUUACAGCAGAUAUAGACAAAGAAAAAAUAAAAUUCUUGUUGGAAGAACUCUGGAUGUGCAUUGACAGUGCAAAAGGAAAAAGAGAGAAGCGGGAAAAUGAUCCUAUCUUGGCUUCUGCUCAGGAUAAGGCACGGCCUGAAAAAAGAAGACUGUUUAUUACAGAAGGAGCUGUACAAAACCACCAAAAGAUCAGGAAACGUGAUGGCAAAACACUACAUUGCUAUUCUUCAAUAGAAAGUGCUGGAAAGCACAACUCUGUAACAACCCUGCAACGUCAUGUGAAUACUGAGCCUUCUGGAGUUGACCGUGUUGAGAAUGGGACUGCUGAAGAAAAUCUGCAAGGUUGUGAGGAUAAAACUAUACCUGUGACAAUGUGGACAGAUGGGGCAUACAGUAGUUCAGACUUCUCUGAUCAGGAGCAAAAGGGCCCAGGUGGAAACGUGAUGGAUAUACUGAACUGGGUCAGGCCUCUCCCUGCUCUACUUUCUCCAGUACAGCUUUCACCAGUAGCUGAACAGGAUAUAUUGUUUGGAGAAGUCACGGCUUCCAGCAGUGAAGAAGCUGAUUGCAGUGCUUCUGCAGUGGAGUAUACUUCACAAGAAGACCAAAUUCAGCCUCAAAAUUGUUGUAAUGUAUUCAGCUUGGAUGAGGAGCGUAACAGAUGGAGCAAAACAUGUGGACAUAGUCUUGAUGCAGAAAUUUCACAUAACUGGAGUAGGAAUGAAAAGAUUGAUCAUAUUAAUCCAGAGAUGUUGAGCAAGAAAGUGAGAGAUGCUGAAACAAAGCAAGCUGAAGCUGCUACUUUAAUUACAAACAUGGGAACUAACAAAGAUUGUUUGGAGGAGAAUUCUGUAAAUAUGGAAACAGAGGAGACAGAACUAACUAAAGCAACAGUACAUGAAUUGGAAGCCACAGUGGAGAAGAAAGGAAAUAUCAAGGAAAUGCACAGUGCAGAUGGGACCUCUUCAACUGAUUUUGUGCUACACAGUUUUAAGCCUCAGAAUCAGAUAGAAAGAUGUAGUGAGGUAGAACAAGCAGAGGAGAAUGUGAUCUUAAUCAAGCCUGGUGGUUAUGAUGGUAUACAUGAAAAGCAUGGUCAAUUAAUGAAGGCAGAAAGAGACGGAUUAUCAGGAGAGAUUCCUAGGGCAGUAUCUAUUCCACCAGAUGUUACUCAUUUGCCACCUGAACAAUGUGUUGUUCUACUUCAAAGUACAGACUGUGAGGAGGAAUCUGAUGUAUUGGUAGAGAAUGAAGUGGUUGAAAACGAAUCCAAAGAUGUAAUCAAGGUAGCUAAUACAGCAAGUGAUGUUGAGGAAAGCAUAAAACCAGUGAUAAAUGGAGAGGAAAUAACAGCUGCAAUACAGAUGCAAGGGCUCUGUGCAGAGGCUAAUGAGGGAGAACUCUCAGAAGUUGUAUUGUCUGAUUUCAGUAGUUCUAAAUCUUUUUGUGAAGUAGAGUGUCCUAAAGACUUAAUGAUACAGUGUGAUAGUGAGGGAAUAAUUCUGGAGACGGAGGCAUACACUGAAACUACUGAGAGUUCUGCUCACUCUCAGUGCUCUGAAAUAAAACAUGACAGUGAAAAGACACUGGAAGAACAAUGUGUGCAUACACUAGAAUAUGAUAUGGACAGAAAACACGAAUUGGAGACUGCUAAAGUCUCUCAAUGUUAUUUACCUGUAUCUGCUGUUGAAGGAAUCAGCUUUCCAAAAGAUGAUGGACAGCUCAAAAUGCAAGACAUUAAUAUAACCAGACCCGAAUCUAUUGAACUAGCCAUGAAUGUGAACAAAGAAAGUGUUCUUGAAAUAGCUAAAUCAUCAGAGCUAUUCAAUAGUGCAGAAAAUGAAAAAAUACUAGAUGUACAGGAAGGGGAGUAUUUAAGAGGUAAACCAUACCAGGAAGAAGAUUACAAUAUUUUUUUCCAAGGAAAGUCAGACUUGGAAAGUAUACUUGCAGUACCAAAGAUGACAUGCAUUACUGAGGCGGAAAGCAGUGUAGCUAAGAGUGAAUCAUGUGUGUUAGAUUUUACAGAAAGAAAUGGUGAAAUGAAACAACCUGAAAGCCUGUGCAGUACAUUUGACUGUGAGUUGACCAAAACUCAGAACUUUGGAGUGUUUGAAUCUCAAGGGACUGAAUUCCAAGUUAAUCAAGAUUUUGUAGAUGAGAGCAGUAAACUGUUAGAAGAAGCAGAUACCAUCCAAUCUGUUGUAAUAGAAAGUAAUCUUACAUCUCAGACACAAUUUGCAAAACCUCAGAAUCAGCUCUUGAUAACUGAAAAUGAUGCUUGUGAUGAAAUAAAAGCAGAAUUAAACAAGCAAGGCAAGGAAUUAGUGAUUGAGGCUUGUUCCAGUUCAUUUAACUGGGAAGACAGUGUUGUGAAGGAGAAAAGUAAUGUUCCAGAGAUAAUAUGCCAGCAUACUUCAGAAAUGUGUUUUAAGAGCAGCUUGGCUUUGUCUACUCAAAUGAACUUGAAGACAAGCUGUGUAAAUUCUGAAGAUACAGAUUCCCCUAUCCAAGAGAAUGGAUUGGAAUCCACAGAGCCUUGUAAUUUAAAUUACAGUCUUGAGAAAGUUGUCGGAUUUGUUGAAAGUGAUUUCACAGGAAAUUCUGAUUUUUCUCAUACACUGAAAAACAAAGGAGAUAAAAAAUGUAUUGUGGGUAGUGCAUUUCGUAGUUCUCUAGAAAGCUUCAAAAAGGGUGCUGAGAUCCCAUCUACUGAAAAAGGCAAUGUGUGCAAAGAACUGGACUGCUGCUCUGAGGGGGAACACAUACACAAAAAUGAAGUGGUAAUUUCAGGUGAGAAGGAGCUGCCAGUAGAUAAAGAACCUCAGGCAUCUGUUAAAUUGCAAAUUUUGCAAGCAAACUCUUAUAAUAAGAAUACUUUGACCUUCCAAAAGUUUCCUUGUCAAGAAUCAGAAUGCAAGACUCCUACAUCAGAAGCUAAUGCAGGUCCUGCUAGAACUGGUUCACUGACAGAUGGGGGGGAAAGCAAAAGGUUGAAUAGUUCUGAGACAUGUGAGGAAAACAGCAUAAAAAGGUCUAAAAAUGCUUUUGAUAUCCCAGAGCAAAGCAAUGUGUCUGAAGAGAAGGACUGUCCUAUACAAAAAGUUGGAGAUGUGAAAUAUUCUGAAUGUUUUCCCAUGUUCAAAAAGGACCUGAGAACUUCAACAAGAGUUGUAGUGAGUGCUCUGGAAAAUGAUGCAAGUGUUGAUCCUGAUGACCAAGUAUGUGAACUUCAUUCAACAAUGUGCCCAGGAAAUACUGUGACAGAUAGUCAUCUAAAAGCAGAUACUAUAGUGGAUAUGGAUGCAUGCUGUGAAACAGACUACUCUCCAAAUACUGCAAAUGAGUUGUCAGAUGUGGUCGGGGAGGUUUGUCCCAAAGACUUAACCUCUCUGAAAAGAGGGUGUAUAUUAGUAGCCUCUGAAAAUGCUGAGGGUGCUAGUGAAUUCAGGGUAGCUGGAUGGAUAAAUGACAGUAGGGAAGAUCUGUUAAAAACUGGGACAUCCAAAGGAAGACCUGUGAUGCCAAGUGCUUCAAAAAAUAGAUUACCAAUAUGCCAGAUAUUAACCAGAUUGUCAGAAACUUACAGAAUAGCUGUAAAAAACAGUAAACUAAGUACAAGAAUGUUAGCACUCAGCAAUUUUGUAGAAGAAAAUGGUUGUGAAAAGCUUGAGUCAAAUGCAGAGCAAAGUCUACCGCACAGUGUUGAUAUGGGCAUCUCAGUUCUUGAAGAAUAUAAUCAUAAUCAAAAGUGUGCUGUUUGCAACUCAGAAGAAAGCAACGCUAAUGUUAUGUUAGGUGUUUUUCAGCCUUCAUGUUUUUGUCGUACCACUUGUACUUGGAAGGGCUUUCUGGAUAGUGGUAGAAAAAACUUUAUUAUCAAGUAUCUUACAAAUCCAGCCCUGUCUGAUGUAGACUGCAAUUCUCAAACAGUCAAUCAGUCUUCUAUGCCACAAAAAAUGGUAUUUGAGAAUUCGCAUAUGUUGGAGUCAGAUUCUUGUGUGGAUGUUGCUCCCGAAAAGGCCAAUAAAUUGAACUGCAAAGUGCAAGAACGAUCAGAAGUCUUGAGUGUUUCAGCCAAGGCAGCUGUCCAAGUGAUGCAUGGCAGGCUAUCAAAAAAGCUGCUUCGAGGUAAAAGAAAGACGAACGCCCUUGAAGUUAAAAUAACUCAGCCAGUUCUUGCAAAUGCUGAUACUUCUGUGCCGACAAAAUGCUUAUCUGAGACUAUAAAUAAAAUCAGGCAAGAGAUGGGUCCUCCUCUUCCCCCACUGCUCCUGCCUUUGAUUGCGACUCCUCCAAGAGCUGCGUGUUCCAUGACCCCAGUGAUGUCUUCUGCUGAUCGAUCCUCUUUGCUUUCCCCUCUUGAUGACCUGAUAUCCCCACUACGUGAAACCCCUGUUCCUCCUCUAAUGUCUCCACUGAGAGAUACUCCAACUGUCAAAUCUGCCCUUUUGUUUUCCCCUCCAUCACCUUCAGAGGUGGCAGUGGGUAGAAGGAUUCUCUCAUCACCUUUAAAAUUUUGUACUUCCAUUCCAAAGCAUGCACUUCCCGUCCCUGGAAGAUUUCCUCUGUGUGCAGCAGAUGGUGCUGCUGCGGCUACUCCUCAGGAGAACUCUGUGAAAAUAUUGGACACUAUGUAUCCAGAGCUAUCUGCAAGGGCAAGGACACUAAACAUCCUGAAAGGCAAUAUUCAGCUUAACCGAUGUGCCCUUUCAGACAGCCAGAGUUUGCCAGGACCUGUGGCUCAAAUAGGUGGGUUCAAAGCAAUAGCAUCUACAUCAACUGCUUUUGUUAAAACUGGGAGCAAUUUGAAACCUGAUAGUAGACAAGACAAAAACGUGCAAAAUCAGCAAUUGGUUUCAAGCUUAUCAAAUCAUCUUGAAAAAAGAACAUUAUUGCCAAUAUCUAUGCCUAGAAGUGCGAAAAGACUGAGAUUAGACAGGGAACCACCAAAGCUGGAGUCCAGUGAUAUUCCUGCUAUUGGAAAUGAUCAAAAUACAAGCUCUGAAAUACAGGAGAAUUUCCAUGGCAAGAGCUGUGAAACCGGUGAUUCAGCACACAGUUCCAGUUUAGAAGCAUCUUUACCGGUAAAGAAGGUUAUUGAUUCUGAUUGCCAGAAAGUUUAUUUGGCAUUGAAGAAAAUUGCUGAAUCCUGCUUUGACUUGUUACCAGUUAUUCAAAGUCAUGUUUAUGUGGGAAAUAUCUCAAAGAUUCCAGUAAUGAGAGAUGAAGAGAAAGAAGUUGUCAGUGAAUUUGGUGUAAAAAACAAGCAUUUAGCUGAGUCGUUGCUGCAUGCUAUUCUCAAUAAACUCAAGGCUCAGAAAACAGCCUCAAAUUACAAUUUCAACCAGGCUCUUUGUCGAGUCUAUACAGGAACUUGUCGACAGCUGGGAGAUUUGGAAAGAGCCCGCCUCUUCUGCUAUAGCUUACUUAAAGAAGGCUUUCCAGAUGCUGUGAAAUUGAUUUUAUUCAUCACAAACAUAUGGCCUGACAUAUUUUUAUUCGAAGGUGCAAUUAACAAAGCCAUGCAAUUAAUUAUCAGGAAGAGUGCAAAUGACGAUGUCCUGGCCUGUCUCAGCACUUAUCUCAGCUGGGAGCAGAGUUCAUCUUUAGAUGCAGGUAUUAUGAUCUCGAACCUGCUUUUAGAAAUGCAGUCAUGUCCCAAAGUAGAAUUUCAUAAGAGUGAACGAUAUGGAGAAGAUCUGAGUGAAGAUGCUUGGCAGUACAUAUUUGCUAUUGAUCUACUCUGCACUAACCUGAAGUGGGAUUGGACACAUGACAACGUCAUAAGCAAAGUGCUUUGGCCUUCUAUGGAUAAGUGGGUAAAGAAGAGAAAAGAGCAUGAAACUGCGCAGUCUAUUCCUGAUAGUGUUAUUGCAUUGACACUCAGGCUAAUUGGUCGAUUGGGCCAAAUAGGUUUGAAGGAAGGUUACAUUUCUGCUGUGAAGAAUAUUAGUUCUGUAAUUGCACUGUUUGUACAUCAUGCAAAAGAGGAAGAUGUUCCCUGGGGUGUGCAGCUGGCAGCCGUAUAUUCACUGUGUGACUUGGGUUCAAGCAAUCCAGUAGGUAUCGUUGAAGCCAUCAAUGCUUGGAGAGCAACAGUUCUUAACAGCAUCCCUUCUGCUGUCACAAGUGUCUUAGCUGAAAUCACUUCUCUGUGUAAAAUGGAGCUACACUAAAACCUAGGGAAAUGUAUUGGUCUAAAGGAAGAAGUGCCUUAUUUUACUAAGCAGUAAUUGGUUCCAGUUAAAUACAAUACACAGUGGUGGCUUAACUACUUUGUUUGUAUUUUCUGUUUGAGGGGAGAAUAUAAAAAGGAAUAAAAAUGCUUGCUUUUCCUAAUGACUCAUCAGUGAUCUAAAAGCCAUUAUGUUUUUGAUGUUUGAGAGGUUUCUCGUUUGAUGUCAAUAAUAACCAGUAGCUAUUUCCAUUGCUUUUCUUCAAUCACCUUGGAGUGCGAGCAUUUUGCUACAACAGAAGAUAGAGCCUGGCUGAAAACUUUGCUCUGUUAUUUUGUACUAUAUUUAUAAAGUUGUUGUUCAGAUGGCAAGCUUUGGCCAGUUUGUUUUAUUUUACUUGAGUAGUCUCAUCUGCUUAAUUUAAAAUACUUGCGUAAAGCAUGUUGGAAUUGACCUCUUGUGUAACAACCGCGUAUAUAGUAACAGAGAUAUGAAGUCUCUGAACUUGUAAAUAUAUGGUAUAUUCUGAUAAUGUGUUUUUUACAUUUGAUAUUGUUCCACUUGGGGAAUUUUGUAUAUGUAAAUAGAAUGUUGGUCCAGAAAAAGUUUCAAUUUCUAAAUUCACUACAUUCUGCGUUUUUAUAUCUUUCGUAAUAAAAGAAGCAAACACCAUUA